AUGGCCGCGCAGUCGGACGGCGGCAAGUCGGGGGUCGCGUGCGGCGGCGGCGGUUUUGCCCAGCUGUACGACGGAGACGCCGAGGAGCCGCUGGACUCCGCCGCCAUCCACAUCUGCCAGUGCUGCCGCUCCUCCGCUUGCUACUGGGGCUGCCGCUCCGCCUGCCUCGGCUCUCUGCUCGGCGGGGGGCAGCCCACUGGAGGAGUGGGGGUCCGGGAGACUCACUGCCCGCCCCGGGAGCAGCUGUGGCUGGACUGCCUCUGGAUCAUCCUCGCCCUCCUCGUCUUCUUCUGGGACGUUGGCACGGACCUGUGCCUGGCGGCGGACUACUACCAGAGGCAGGACUACCUCUGGUUUGGCCUCACGCUCUUCUUCGUGCUGGUGCCGUCGGUGCUGGUCCAGAUUCUGAGUUUCCGUUGGUUCGUGCAGGAUUACACCGGCGGGGGGCUCGGGGUGGUGGAGGGGCUGACCAAGCGGGGCACGGCGGGUUUGGGGUGCCUGUACCCCGGCAGGGACCGCCUGAGGCUUGCCUCUAUCUGGCUGUGGCAGGCCGCCAUACACAUCCUCCAGCUGGGACAGGUGUGGAGGUACAUCAGGACGCUGUAUCUUGGCAUCCAGUCGCGGCGGCAGAGGGAGCACCAGCGGCGCUGGUACUGGGCCAUGAUGUUCGAGUACGCUGACGUCAACAUGCUGCGACUGCUGGAGACGUUCCUGGAGUCGGCGCCUCAGCUGGUCCUGCAGCUCUGCAUCAUGAUCCAGGAGAACCGAGCUGAGACGCUGCAGUGCAUCUCCUCCCUGGCCUCCCUGCUCUCUCUGGCCUGGGUCCUGGCCUCCUACCACAAGCUGUUACGGGACUCGCGUGACGACCAGCGCAGCAUGAGCUACCGCGGGGCGCUGCUACACCUCUUCUGGCGCCUCUUCACCAUCUCCUCGCGCGUCCUCUCCCUCGCCCUCUUCGCCUCGCUCUUCCACAUCUACUUCGGCAUCUUCGUGGUGCUCCACUGGUGCGCCAUGGCCUUCUGGGUGGUGCACGGUGGCACCGACUUCUGCAUGUCCAAGUGGGAGGAGGUGCUCUUCAACAUGGUGGUGGGCAUCGUCUACAUCUUCUGCUGGUUCAACGUCAAGGAGGGCCGGACGCGCUACCGCAUGGUGGCGUACUACUCUGUGGUGCUGGCCGAGAACACCAUUCUCACCGGGUUGUGGUACGCCUACAGGGAUCCAGCGCUGACCGACUCCUACGCCGUCCCGGCGCUGUGCGGCGUCUACCUGUCGUUCGCCGGGGGCGUCCUGGUCAUGCUGCUGUACUACGGCUUCCUGCACCCGGCGACCGCCCACCUCCACCCCAGCCCCGCCUCCUCCUGCUGCGCCGAGCUCCUCUGGGGCCUCCCGCUGCCGCCGUCCGCCCCGCCCAGCGCCCCGCCCACGCCGGCCCACAUGGCCAAGUCGCAGACGGAGGAGAGCAUCGCCGAGACCUGCCUCCCCGUCUUCCAGGUGAGGUCGGCGCCGCCCUCCACCAAGCCCGAGGGCCCGCUCAUCAAGAUUGACAUGCCCCGGAAGCGCUACCCGGCCUGGGAUGCCCACUACGUCGACAGGCGCCUGCGGAGGACUAUCAACAUUCUGCAGUACAUCACGCCGGCCGCCGUGGGCAUCCGCUACCGCGACGGACCGCUGCUCUACGAACUGCUGCAGUACGAGUCCUCGCUCUGA